GAGUAGAGGCUGUAGAAGACAGAGCGGACUCGGAGCCUCAGACCUGCGUGCAGGAAGAUGAGGUGGCGGGUUCCUGGGUAUGGUGGUUCCCUGGAUGCGAGCUCUGUGAGGACAGGGACUUUGGUCUUUUGCCGCCUAAGGUAGCGCCAGGAGCACAGGAGGCUAUUUCCAACUUCGGUCACGUGUAAAAGAGAACAGUGAGAAAAAAGAAAAACGCAAACGGAGUUCCACAAGGACCCGCUAGUUUAUUUGGAUUCCACCUGCCACUCUAAAAGGAAAAUUGCACGCUGGCGGGAAGCUCAGCCCUACAGAGGAUUCUGGGACACGUAGUCCAGACGCUUGCUGUGAUUGUAGCUCUUCCGCUCCAGGAAAGUGCGGGUAUCUUACUUGCUCUGCCGGAGAAAUAAGGAUGUAUAAGUCUGCACGUAUGGAGGCAUUUCGGCUGCCGGAGGGCGAGGAUAGGAAUCCUGCACCUUUCGUGGAUUCCGGGAAAUUCGAUUCAGGUCGUCGGUGUUGGAGCGGGUACUUUUACCCCAGGCCGGCGGGGCAGCGACUCUUGUUCCUCUCGGGGAUGCUGGGAAAUGUAGUCCGUGAGUCCCCCCCCGAAGUCAGAGAUACUUCCGCUGCAGGAGGUUGAGCUUGCGGCCUUCUUUUCUCUUUGGGAGGCUACAGGGACCUUUGUUUCAUGGACCUCGUCAUAUUCUCAGAGUGCCCAGCACGAGGUCAGCAGAGAAGAGUGACUCAGUGAAAUCGGAAUCAAACCCUGGAAGCUACAAGGAGAACUUCAGGGCCUCCAUGUGCGGUUGGGCGGCUCCUGGCUGAAGGGGAGAGUGGUGUCUGCAGCCCAGCUCACAUUCUGCUCGUCAGGCUGUGUGCGGCUGAGCCACCCCGAGGAGGUGCUUCCUUGACUGUUUCAUGCAAAGCAGCCAUACGGGUAACCUCUACUGAAUGUUUAGGCUGCCAGACACUGUUCCAAAUGUUUAUGUGUAGUCGCUUAGAUUGACUAACCUUCGUACACAGUUUUAUGAGGUGGCGUUUAUCAUCAUUAUCAUCACCAAUAUAUAGAUUAGACAUUGAAGCACAAAGUACUAGCAAGUUGGAGAUGCCAGUAUUCAAAUACUAGUGGUCUGAUUCCAGAGCCUACACCCUUCACAACUCUGUUCUCUUUUCCCUCAAGCAGAUCCUGUGGCUUCAGAGUCCUCUCCCUGUUUCUAUGUCUUUUAUCCCUAGCUCUCAAGCUCUCAUUUCUCUUUCUGUGAGCCCUUAGACCCUCCUCCCCCACAUCUGCUUAUUUUCAUCUUUAGAAGCAACAGAGAGACAAGAUCUACAGUACUGGCUUUGAUGUGAGAGCUGGAUUCAGGUUCUGCCCCUGCCUCUUGACCUCACCAAGCCUCAGCUUCCUCAUCUGUUAAAUGGGAACAAUAGUCACCAUCAUCAUUUACUGAGAACUUCCUAAAAUGCCAGCUGAGGGUAGGCACAGAGGUGUAGGUGAUUGGAACAGAGUCACCCAACUAGCCCAACAGUAGCGUCUUCACAGACUGAGCCAUUCUCCAGAAGAAGGAGGACAAAAUGACCAAGUUCAAGGAGCCAUUGACCUUCAAGGACGUGGCUGUGGUCUUCACGGAGGAGGAGCUGGGGCUGCUGGACUCCACCCAGAGGAAGCUGCACCAGGAUGUGAUGCUGGAGAACUUCAGGAAUAUGGUCUCAGUGGGGCAUCAGCCUUUCACACCAGAUGUAGUCCCCCCGUUAGAGAGAGAAGAAAAGCUUUGGAUGACAAAGCCAGCCAGCCAGAGCCACGGUUCCUUAGGAGACAAGAAUCUAAAUGAUACGAAGAUUGUUCAAGAAGUUGGAUUAAGGUACCUGUCACAUGAAGAGCUUUUCUGCUCACAGAUUUGGCAACAGGUUACUAAGGAGUUAGCCAGAUGUCAAGAUUCCAUAGUAAAUACUCAAGAAACUGGCUCACAGUUGGAAAAACAAGAUGAUGCACUUUAUAAAUUUGAAGAAUUUGGUAAAGGCUUUAAUCUGAGUUCACAUCUUGAGGUUCCCCACAGAGUCCACACUGCAGAAAAACCUUACAAAGGGGAGGAAUGUGAGAAAGCUUUCACUCAGGACUUUCAUCUUCAAAUUAACCAGAUGGCCCAUGCAGGAGAGAAGCCCUAUAAAUGUGAAAAAUGCGAAAAUACCUUCCGUCGGUUUUCAAGUCUUCAAGCCCAUGAGAGAAUGCACAGCAAAGAGAAAUCAUACAAAUAUGAUACGUCAUGUAAGAGUUUCAGUCAGAGGUCAUAUCUUAGUCAUCAUCAGAGAGUUACCACUGAAGAGAAUUCACACAAAUUUGAGGGGUGUGAGAGGAACGUCGGGAAAAGCUCACAUUGUCAUGCUCCUCUGAUAAUCCACACUUUAGCGAAACCCUAUAAAUGUGAGGAGUGUGGGCUGGGUUUCAGUCAGAGCUCAUAUCUUCAAGUCCAUCAGAGAGUCCACAUGGGGAAGAAACCUUAUAAAUGUGAAGAGUGUGGGAAGGGCUUCAGUUGGCGUUCACGACUACAGGCUCAUCAGCGGAUCCACACUGGAGAGAAACCAUACAAAUGCAAUGCAUGUGGCAAGGGCUUUAGUUAUAGCUCACACCUUAAUAUUCAUUGUAGAAUCCAUACAGGAGAGAAACCCUAUAAAUGUGACGAGUGUGGGAAAGGCUUCAGUGUGGGUUCACACCUUCAAGCCCAUCAGAUAAGCCACACUGGAGAGAAACCAUAUAAGUGUGAGGAGUGUGGGAAGGGCUUCUGUCGGGCCUCAAAUCUUCUGGACCAUCAGAGAGGCCAUACUGGUGAGAAACCAUAUCAGUGUGAUGCAUGUGGGAAGGGCUUCAGUCGUAGCUCAGAUUUUAACAUUCACUUUAGAGUCCAUACAGGAGAGAAACCCUAUAAAUGUGAGGAGUGUGGGAAGGGCUUCAGUCAGGCCUCAAAUCUUCUGGCCCAUCAAAGAGGUCACACUGGAGAAAAACCAUACAAAUGCAGUACAUGUGGGAAGGGCUUCAGUCGGAGUUCAGAUCUGAACGUUCAUUGUAGAAUCCACACAGGUGAGAAACCCUAUAAAUGUGAGAAGUGUGGUAAGGCCUUCAGUCAGUUCUCAAGUCUUCAAGUGCAUCAAAGAGUCCACACGGGAGAGAAACCAUAUCAGUGUGCAGACUGUGGGAAAGGCUUCAGUGUGGGGUCACAGCUUCAAGCCCAUCAGAGGUGCCAUACUGGAGAGAAGCCAUACCAAUGUGAGGAAUGUGGGAAGGGCUUCUGUCGGGCCUCAAAUUUCCUGGCUCACCGUGGAGUCCACACGGGAGAGAAACCAUACCGAUGUGAUGUGUGUGGUAAGCGCUUCAGACAGAGAUCAUACCUUCAAGCCCACCAGAGAGUCCAUACUGGAGAGAAACCAUAUAAAUGUGAGGAAUGUGGUAAAGUCUUUAGUUGGAGCUCAUACCUUCAAGCCCAUCAGAGAGUUCACACUGGAGAAAAACCUUACAAAUGUGAGGAGUGUGGGAAGGGUUUCAGUUGGAGCUCAAGUCUUAUAAUUCAUCAGCGAAUCCAUGCUGACGAUGAUGGUGAUAAGGACUUUCCCUCAUCAGAGAAUUCAUACAGCAAAGAAGCUCUAUAAAAUUAUAUGUUUUAGUACCUCAAAUGGGUGCUGAAAUAGUCCAAUUAUCAGGCCUGUCAUAGAAGAUGAAAUAUUUGUUUUAUAAGUCAGUAUUUCAGCCAGAGUGUGACAUGUCAUAGUGGUUGGGUGACCACACAGCACAGAAGCCUCAUGAGAGUGGAAAAAUAAGGACUUCAUGCAGAACCAUGACAUUCAGCACAUAUUACACAGAGGAGAGGCUUAAGAAGGAAGGAUGAGUCUGAUCUGGAGUUAGCCAAAAGUACUAAGAGGGAAAUGCCAGGAUGUAUUCCACUAUCACAUAAGUUCGAGAGGGUAACCACUUUGUUGACUGCCAAAUAUACUCUGCCUUUCAGUGCCUAACACAUAGAUGUUCAGUAGUUGUUAAAUGAGUUAAAGAGAGGACAGUCUUAUUUCAAGUUUUUAUUCAGUUCAUCUCCAAAUAUGUUUAUAAGAUUGUACUUAGAAGAGGAAUUCUGCAAGGCUUGGAGGACAUUUAAAUUAGACACAUGGGCUCAUUUUCCUAACCUGCAGGUCCUGUGAACUAAACUUUAUCAAAUUGAAGGUUGUAACCCAUUAGUGGGUCCAAAAUCAAUUUCAGUAGGUUGUAACCAGCACUUUGUAUGCUAACAAUUGAGGUAUAAUUUGCAUGCAAUAACAUGCAUAAAUCUCAAUGUUUACAGCUUCAUGAAUUUUGACAAACAUGUACACUUGUGUAAUCACCAAGCUCAGUAUAUACAAUAUUUCUAUUAAACCAGAACUUUUUUUGGUGCACAUUUCCAGGCAAGGCCACCUUCAGUGGCAACAGCAAGUAUUGUGAUUUCUACACCAUAGAUUAGUUAGGUCUGUUCUUGAGCCUCAUGUGGGUUCAGUACGUAUUGUUUUGUGUCUGGAUUCUUUUGAUCAAAUAUAUGAUCAUCUCAAUAGAUUGAGAGAAAGCUUUUGACAAAACAUCCCUUCCUGAUAAAAAGACCUCAGUGAUAUAAAAGGCAUCUAUAAAAUUCUUACAAACUAACAUUCUCUUUUUUUAAUUAAGGAAUAAUUUAUAUACAGUAAAAUUGACUUUUCAAUGUAUCAUUUUGUGUUUGGACAAAUGCUUACUGUCAUAUUUAUCACCACCACAAUCAAGACAUUUAACAGUUCCAUCACUCAGCUUCCGUCCUGAAAUUCUUUUGUACUUUUGUAGUGACCCUUUUCCCCAUCACAUCCCCUACGCCCUUAGCAACCACCAAUCUGUUUUCUGUCUGUAUUGUUUACCUUUUCCACAAUGUCAUAUAAAUGGAAUCAUACAGUAUGUAACCUUUGGAGUCUUGGCUUCUUUCACUUAUGCUCCUGAAAUUCAUCAGCCUUGAUGUAUGUGUCAGUAAUCAUUCCUUUUAUUGCUGAAUGGUACUCUGUCGUAUGAUGUACCAUAUUGUUUAUCCAUUUAUGAUUUGAAGGGUUUCCAGUUUUUAGCUGUUAUGAAGAAAGCAACUAUAAACAUUCACAUACAGCUUUGUGUGUCAACAUAAGUUUUCUUUGUCUUAGUAAAUACUUAAAAGUGGGAUUGCUAGGUUGUAUGAUAAGAGUGUGUUUAACUUUAUGAAAAACUGACAUACUUUUCUAAAAUGAACAUACCAUUUUGCAUUCCCACCAUCAGUGCACGUCAGAGUUUUGUUUUUAGUAUUUCAGUAGGUUUAUAGUGGUAUCUCAUUUUUGGUUUUAAUUUAUAUUUUCUUAAGUAUGUUGAGCAUUCUUAUAUAUGAAUGUUUGUUAUCCUUA